CCGUAAACCUUACAGAGUAGUGACUGAUAAACAAAAUCUGAGCCCACAAUCAUGGAGCUUCCAUGAAUCAAGACCCAGCCCACCCUUCUAAAAAAUCGAAGGUAGUGCCUAUGGCUCGGGCCUGGAAGUCUGGCCUUCCUCCCAGUUGCCAUUGAUCACCUCAUAUCGCUUUGUUAUCAUCUGAUAAUCUGAGGGGACCUUUCUCAGUCAGGUAUUGCUCGUGAUGAGUCUAAUGACUAUUUGGGGGCCAUAAUUAUGACAGGAAAGUAAUUAAGAUAUUUUGGAUGAACAUGGACUUGACGUUGAUGAUGACGACACUCAGAAUGUAAGAGUGCUGUGGGGCCGACUUAUAUUGCUUGAUCCAGCCUCUUCAUUACAACCUUUACAUCGGUUCUCAUCGACUCAAUGUGCUCUCGUCAAAAUGAGCGAAACAAUAAUGAAUAACACCAGCUUCUUGCACAUGGGUGACAUUAUCUCCCUCUACGCCGAAGGAACUACUUCAGGGUUUCUUUCGACUCUUGGGUUGGUAGAUGAUCGUUGCGUAGUAUCACCAGAGGCUGGCGAUGUAACGAAUCCUCCAAAGAAAUUUCGAGAUUGUCUCUUCAAGAUAUGUCCAAUGAACCGAUAUGCUGCACAAAAACAAUUUUGGAGGGCUGCUAAGCAAAGUUCUCCAAGAACGGACCCUAUUCUGUUACGUAGAUUACAUCAUGCUGCGGAAGUGGAAAAGAAACAGAAUGAAUCAGAAUCGAAAAAAUGUCUUGGCACAGUCAUUCAGUACAGCAAUAUUGUUCAACUUCUGCAUAUGAAAUCAAAUAAGUUUUUGACCGUGAAUAAAAGGCUACCCGCCUUAUUGGAGAAAAAUGCUAUGAGAGUUCACUUAGAUUCCGCCGGCAAUGAAGGAUCUUGGUUUUACUUGUUUCCUUUCUACAAGUUGCGAUCCAAUGGAGACAACGUGGUUGUUGGAGAUAAAGUGGUUUUGACCCCUGUGAACGCUGGAAUGCAAGUUUUGCAUGUAGCAUCCAAUCAUGAGUUAGUGGAUAAUCCAGGAUGCAUGGAGGUGAACGUUGUAAAUUCGCCAACAGCUUGGAAAAUAUCAUUGUUUUUGGAGCACCGAGAAAAUGCAGACAACAUUUUGAAAGGCGGGGAUGUUGUUAGACUUUUUCAUGCUGAACAGGAAAAGUUUUUGACCAUGGACGAAUAUAAAAAGAAGCAAGUUGUCUUUUUACGCUUUACUGCAAGAACGUCUGCCACCUCUGCUACUAGCUCCAAAGCUUUGUGGGAGGUAGAGAUUGUCCAACACGAUCCAUGCCGAGGUGGCGCGGGGCAUUGGAACUCCUUGGUUCGUUUUAAACAUCUGGCCACCGGUCAUUACUUGGCUGCUGAAGUGGAUGAUGAUCCCAGUCCUGACACCAUGAGAGAUAAACUACGAGAUCCAAAUGGUUCUGGCUCUGUGUUUCAUCUGGUUUCUGUGCCACAUUCCAACGAUUUGUCCUCUUUAUUUGAAUUGGAUCCAACAACGCUUACAAAUCGAUCAGAUUCACUAAUCCCACAAAACUCGUAUGUUAGGCUUCGGCACUUAUGCACAAGUACUUGGGUCCAUUCCACUUCCAUCCCAAUCGAUAGAGACGAAGACAAGCCAGUCAUGUCUCGAGUAGGAUGUGCACCAAUUAAAGAAGAUAAAGAGGCGUUUGCUAUUAUAUCUGUGGAGUCGACAGAAGUCAGGGAUCUAGAUUUUGCGAAUGAUGCUUGCAAGUUGCUAGAAUCAGUCGCCGAAAAACUGGAACUUGGUACUAUUUCUCAAAACGAACGCAGGGCGCUCACGACUUUACUACAAGACAUCAUUUACUUCCUCGCCAAUCAAGAGAAUGAACAACAUCGUUCGGAUCCUCUGGAAGUGCUCCCAACCAGCAAUAGGGAUCGAAAAAAAUUGCUACGCGAGCAGUAUGUUUUGAAACAACUUUUUAGAAUUCUUCAAGCACCCUUUCUAGAGAAAAGUGGCCCUCUAGUCAAAAUUGAAGAGCUGACUGAUCCGAAAAAUGGCCCUUACAAACAGAUUUUUCGCCUUUGCUACCGAAUUUUGAAGCUCAGUCAACAGGACUAUAGGAAAAAUCAAGAGUACAUCGCCAAGCACUUUGGUUUUAUGCAGAAACAAAUUGGUUAUGAUAUUUUGGCUGAGGAUACCAUUACUGCUCUCCUCCAUAAUAAUCGAAAGCUAUUGGAAAAACACAUAAAAGCCGCCGAGAUCGAAACCUUUGUUCGAUUGGUCCGAAAAAAUAUGUCUUCAUGGGAUUCGAGGUUUUUGGAUUAUUUGUCAGAUUUAUGCAUUUCUAACAAUGGCGCCAUACCUGUAACCCAAGAACUGAUCUGUAAGAGUGUCCUAAGUCCGGAGAAUGCAGGAAUCCUCAUUCAAACGAGGACACGAAGAACCUGCCAAGGUCUCAAUGGCAUCACUCCCAACGAGGAUCAAGAACAAGUUUGUCCUGUGGAUAAUAAAGACAAACUCACCGCAACGGUAGAUGACGAGGUUGUUCUGGCUUGGGAUCAAGGAACCCAAGUCAGAUCCUUGAAGGAGAUUGCGAAAUGUGCGAAGGAAUCUUGCGGCGAAGAGAGUCGGCUGUUGGCUUACUAUAGACAUCAGUUGGACCUGUUCUCCAAUAUGUGCUUGGACCGACAAUAUUUGGCCAUAAAUGCGCUUUCAACUCACUUGGAUAUCGCACUCAUUUUGAAUUGUGUUGACAACAACGAGCUUCCAUACAGCUUGCGAGCAUCAUUUUGCCGCCUCAUGCUUCAUAUGCACGUUGAUAGAGAUCCUCAAGAACAAGUCAAACCUGUCCAAUAUGCCAGACUAUGGUCAGAAAUUCCCCUCCGACUUUCCAUUGAUGAGUAUGAUGGAAAUCAGUUACCAGAUAGUGCAAAGGACGAAGUAAGAUCCGAAUUUCUAGCCACUAUCAAUUUUGUCGAAUCUUAUCUGAAAAACGUUGCCGAAAAUACGUGGACAUUCAGCGACCCUGAGCAAAAUAAGCUGACAUUUGAGGUGGUCAAACUGGCCAGAGAUUUGAUCUACUUUGGUUUCUAUGGAUUUUGCGAUCUUCUCCGUUUGACCAAGACGCUCUUGAGCAUCUUAGACUGUGUGUCUAACCUCGAUGCGUCUAAUGGCAAAUUGCCCACAGGAGAUGUGGAUUCUGAAGGCGGAGCCUUGCGAUCGAUCAGCGAAAUGGGGGCUAUGCUCACCAUAUUCACCACUGGUAUAAAACCAGGAUUAACCAACAAAUCGAAAGAGGGAAUUCCCGGAUCGACCAACAAGUCAGAGGAAAACCUUGUCAUGGAUACCAAACUGAAAAUCAUAGACAUUUUACAAUUCAUCCUUGAUGUCCGGCUUGACUACCGAAUUAGUUCUCUUUUAUCUAUAUUUAAACACGAAUUUGACGAGUCCAGCGACAGGGGUCGUACGAAGACUGGAAGUGGUAUCGAUUUGGAAGGAAUUGGAGCUCAAGCCGAAGGCAUCUUUGGUAAUGGAGAAGAAUGUGCUGUACUUGAUUUAGACGGAACUGGAGGAAAAACUUUUCUUCGAGUGCUGCUUCAUAUUGGAAUGCAUGAUUAUCCGGCUCUGGUGUCAGGCGCCCUCAUGCUCCUCUUCCGACAUUUUUCCCAGAGACAAGAGGUUCUCCAUGCUUUCAAACAGGUGCAAUUACUGGUCAGUGAUGCAGACGUGAAGUCUUACAAGCAAAUCAAGGACGAUCUUGAUGGCUUGCGAUUACUUGUUGAAAAAUCAGAGCUUUGGGUGUUCAAACCCAAAGGCAGCGAGGACAAGCCCUCCUCGUCAUCGGCGAAUGGAAUAAAAAAAGAAGACGAACAUGAAGCAUUAUCGAAAGUGAUCCCUGGAACCGGUGGGAAUUCGGUCUCGGGAGCGUUGGGAUGCGGAUCUAUUUUGAAUCACUGGAUGGGACAAAACUACACAGUCUUUGAUCCCAUGGGCUCGCCCAUUGAUCUGGACUUGGGCCCAACCUUGGAUCAGCAGCAAGCAAGAAAUUAUAAAACAAUCCAACAGAUACUCAUACGAAUGAAUCGCUUAUGUGUUCUCAAGACAUCAGGUCCGACGUUGUCGUCAUCCUUGCCGACAAAACCGAGAAAGCACGAACAGCGUCUUCUUCGAAAUAUGGGAGCUCAUAGCGUGGUCUUGGAUCUCUUGGAAAUCCCAUACGAUACCAAAGAGGACAUUCGGAUGAACGAGCUUAUGAGGCUAGCGCACGAGUUCUUGCAAAAUUUCUGUUUGGGCAAUGCCCAGAAUCAAGCACUACUCCACAAGAACAUAGAACUAUUUUUGAAUCCAGGACUCCUUGAGGCUCAGACUAUGUGUUCUAUUUUUCAAGACAAUGCCACUCUUUGUAACGAAGUUAGCGAGAAAGUUAUUCAACAUUUUGUGCAUUCCAUUGAGAGCCAUGGUAGGCACGUACAAUACCUCAAAUUUCUCCAAACCAUCGUGUGCACAGGAAAUCAAUUCAUAAGGCGUUGCCAAGGUUUAGUGAUGCAAGAGCUGAUUGCCGCGGGUGAAGAUGUGCUGGUGUUCUACAACGAUCGUGGAUCGUUCCGUCUCUUCAUGAAGAUGAUGAACUCUGGUCGUGAACGGAUGGAUGAUGCCUCUCCUCUGCGAUAUCACAUUGAGCUGGUCAAGCUUUUGGCUUGUUGUACAAUGGGCAAGCACGUAUUCACCGAGAUCAAAUGUCAUUCCCUUCUGCCAUUGGACGACAUUGUCUCUAUGGUUUGCCAUGAUGACACCAUACCAGAGGUGAAGGAUGCCUAUGUUAACUUCCUGACUCAUUGUUACAUCGACACCGAAGUGGAAAUGAAGGAGAUUUACACGUCUAACCACAUGUGGCAGCUAUUUGAGAAGUCCUUCCUUCUUGAUAUGGCGGUGGUGGCCAAUGCCACACAUGAUCGCCAACAUGCAGACGUGGCACUAGAAAGAUACGUUACUUCCACGGUUAUGGACAUCGUAACUACUUUCUUCAAGAGUCCCUUUUCGGAGCAGAGUACAGCAAUCCAGAGCCGACAACCAAUCUUUAUUCAAUUACUAAGUGCCACAUUUCGGGUCCUCCAAUGUUCAUGGUUGACAGUGGAUCAACGCGCAAAUGUUGAAAAUUGCAUCCGCACCUUAUCGGAAGCGGCCAAAACUCGGUCGAUCGUCAUUCCCCCUGAUUUGGAGAUGCAUGUUAAGGCCAUGUUUAACAAAGCCAAUGCUUUAUCAAGGCACACUACAACUCGAUGGAUUCAAAUGACUAAAGGACAAAAGAGAGACCUUUCGAUCCAAAGUCACUUAGGGAUUCACUUAGAUCGCACCAUAAUUGAAGGUCUGCAGGAUAUCAUCUCAGUUCUUGAAGACCAUUUGAAGGCUCUAGUAGAGGCGGAAUUAUCUGUCCUUGUGGAUGUUCUCUAUCGGCCCGAGCUCCUCUUUCCUUCGGGAACAGAGCCUCGACGCAAAUGUGAAAAUGGUGGCUUCAUCAGACGUUUGAUAACUCACACUUCCAAGCUUCUUGAAGAAAAGCAAGACGGUCUUUGCAUCAAAAUCUUGCAAACGCUUCGAGAUAUGAUGUCACUCGACCCCGAUUAUGGAGAAAAAGGCGAUACUUUAAGAGUAAGCCUCUUGAUUCGAUAUUUUGGCAAGUAUCCUUUGCCAAAGCUGAAAUCUGUCAACCUAGCGUCUUCUGUCAAUGUGAUUUCUCAUGGUCCGGGAGCCAAGUACAUUCAAAGAGCGCAAAUGACCUUACACGAUGUCCAAUGUCACUUGGACAGCCAAGGCGCGUCUUCACUUAUUGUGGAUCUGGUCAUCAAAUCCUCCUCUUCCUCACUUUCGAUGCCCAAGAUAUUUAACGAAGUGAUCGAGUUAGGCAAUUCUUUGCUUGAAGGUGGCAAUCAAGAGAUUCAACGGAGCCUCUAUGACCUCCUCCAUUCUGGGGAAGUGAGCCAGAACUUCUUCAAAGUCUUCCAUGAAAAGAUGAGCGACGCCCAGAUCGAAAUCAAAUCCACUGUGUCUGUCAAUACCAAUGAUAUUGCUACACGAACCAGCGAAGAUGACAGGCUUAGUAAUCCUCGCGAUAUUCCAAAACCAACAUUGUUAAGUCGAGGAUCCAAGGGCCCGGGUAGUAUUGGAGGACUUAUUAUGACUGAGGAACUUCGUGAGGAACUCGGUGCAGCGGCUCUGGCCACUCACCAAGCCUACAUGGCUUCUCGGGGCACGAAUGCAGUGGAUGAGGCUCAAUACUUGUCGCCUUUACAAGUCAAUUUGGAAGAUCUUCUGGCGGAUCGAUUGGAUCGAGUGAAAGCUAAAGACGAGAACAGCCUUUCGUCUAAAAUCGUUAUCAUGAAACCCAUUCUACGGUUCUUGCAACUCCUUUGUGAAAAUCACAACCUAUCGAUGCAAAAUUUGCUCCGAGAUCAGAACAACAAAUCCAAGUUCAAUUUGGUAUCCGAGACGCUCAUUUUGCUUGAUGUCAUUUGUGGUUCCACCACCGGGGGAUUGGGGUUGCUGGGAUUGUACAUCAAUGAGAGCAAUGUCCAACUCAUCAACCAAAUCAUGGAAACGUUAACCGAGUAUUGUCAAGGUCCUUGCUACGAGAAUCAAGUUUGUAUUGCCAUUCACGAGUCCAAUGGCCUCGGUAUUAUAACGGCUUUGAUUCUGAACGACAUUAACCCUUUGGGUAAAUCCCGGAUGGAUUUGGUUUUAGAACUGAAAAACAAUGCAUCAAAGCUUCUUUUGGCGAUCAUGGAGAGUCGGACAUCGGAUUCAGAAAAUGUGUCCGAAAAGAUUUUGUACAACAUGAACCCAAAACAAUUGGUUGACAUGGCAUGUAAGGCUUUCCACCAAGAAACAAUGGACGAUGAGAAUGACGAUGGUGAAGAAGUCGUGUCCUCGCGAUUGGUGGGUCACAAUAUCUACAUAUUGUGUCAUCAGCUAGCCAUAUACAACAAAGAUAUUGGGUUUAUGUUGAAACCUCAACCAGAAACAAUGGACGUGAAAACUGUGGAAGCCCUAAUAUUUUACGGCUCCCACACUGCCCAAAUUGAAGUGAAUCGGUCUGACCGAAACUUGGAGCAGAUCGUGUUUCCCAUCCCUGAGAUAUGCGAAUACCUGACCGAGGAAACCAAGUUCAAAGUGCUCACGAACGCUGAGCGUGAUGAUCAAGGCUCCAAGGUUGCGGAUUUCUUUAACAAAUCUGAGGACCUAUUCAACGAGAUGAAAUGGCAGAAGAAACUGCGAAGCAAUCCUGCCCUAUUUUGGGUGUCUAGCCAUAUGUCCUUUUGGAGUUAUGUCAUCUUUGCUUGUACAGUAUUCAUCAACGUGAUUGUGGCUACAUCCUAUCCAUUUGCUGAAACCUUGCCGAACGCUGGAGGCCAUCUUUCCGGCGUGGUGUGGGCUUUUCUUUUGGGAUCUGCAGCCAUAACCAUUACGAUUCCCACUUCCGUGGCUUUUAAAUGCCUCUUUCUGUCCAGCAUAUUGCGAUUAAUCUUAUCGGCUGGACCGGAGAUCACCGUGACCUUGCUUGGGAUCGCUUUGGUUGUUUUCAAGGGCGUCCACUUGAUCAGCAUCAUGGGCAAUAUGGGUCUUUUCAACAUGCCUGUGUCGCAAAUCAUUUUUAACGCAGAGCUAGCUUAUCACGUUGGGUAUUUGAUUCUUUGCAUUCUUGGGCUAUUCAUGCACCCAUUUUUCUUCUCUGUGUUGCUCUUUGAUGUAGUCUACAGAGAAGAGACGUUGUUGAAUGUCAUGAAAUCUGUGACUAGGAAUGGCCGGUCCAUUCUACUGACUGCAGUUUUCGCCAUCAUUUUGGUCUAUUUGUUUUCAAUUAUUGGGUUCAUAUUCUUCAAAGACGACUUUAUAAUGGACGCCGAGACCGUUCCUACCGCGCAUCCGAGGUCAAUGGAUAAAAUGGCUUGCUCAGCCGAAGAUGAUAACUAUUCUUGCGAUUCUUCGUCAUCGCCUGACGUUGGUUUAUUGUCAGUUUCUAGCUCUGAAAGUGAUGGCGUUAAAGAAAGGUCAUGUGACUCGUUACUGAUGUGCAUUGUCACCACCUUGAACCAGGGUUUAAGAAACGGCGGUGGCAUCGGCGAUGUGCUUCGGCCUCCUUCCAACAGAGAGCCCCUUUUUGCAGCCCGAGUCGUUUACGACAUGCUCUUCUUCUUCGUGGUGAUCAUCAUAGUGUUGAACCUUAUUUUCGGUGUCAUCAUCGACACCUUCGCCGAUCUUCGAUCCGAAAAACAGCAAAAGGAAGAAAUCUUAAAGAAUUCCUGUUUUAUUUGCGGUCUUGAACGGCGUGCCUUUGACAACAAACAUGUAACAUUUGAGGACCACACCCGAAUGGAGCAUAAUAUGUGGCAUUACUUGUAUUUUAUGGUAUUGAUACGAGUAAAAGAUCCUACCGAAUUUACCGGACCCGAAAGUUAUGUUCACGAGAUGGUCAAGAAGCGGUGCUUGGAUUGGUUUCCCCGUUUGCGAGCCAUUUCCUUGGCUAUUGACGAUGUGGAUGGAGAGCAAAACGAGUGGAGAAGCCUUCAAAAGCAACUCGAGUCUACCCAAAGUCUUGUUCAAGCUCUGACGAGCCAGCUUCUUGAUCUCAGAGACCAAAUGACCGAACAGCGAAAGCAGAAGCAACGCAUUGGAUUACUCAACAACGCACCCAGCUUGUUGAACACCGGCAAUGGUUACAACGCCAAUACGAAUAAAUGAAUCAAUCAGACAUAUUUAAUGAAACCGGAGGCCCUCCAUUCAUUCGCCAAGUGGCCAUCAUACUGUUGCUCGGCGUUAACUUAAAGAAUACAACAACUUAAACAAAACAAUAGUUCAUAU